AAUAUUACGCGAGCAAGCAACCGCGAUGCAGAAAGGCUGUGAGCAAUUCGUGUGUACAGACCAUAGAGUGGCGUGAAAAUGGCGGAGAGGAAGCGGGUUCUUGUCAUCGGAGGAAGCGGUUAUUUAGGGCAACACCUGCUGGACGGGCUCGCCAAAGCCGACAGCGAGACGCCUUUCGAUUUGGCUUUCACUCACCACCGUCCGAUCCCGCCGCCGGAGCUGAUCGAUGCCGUCUCCCCCGUUUAUCCCUUCCGUGUCGACGUCCGUACUGGCGAGGGCUUCGAAUCCAUCUCCAACACAUUUGGAGAGCCACACGUUGUUGUUAAUUGUGCCGCACUCUCUGUUCCUCGUGCAUGCGAAGUGGAUCCUGUCACAACCAUGGCUACUAAUUUGCCCACCUCCCUUAUUAAUUGGUUAUCAAGCUUCAAGGACAACAAUAUUCUGUUAAUUCAUCUUUCUACUGAUCAAGUUUAUGAAGGGUCGAAAUCAUUCUACAAAGAAGAAGAUGAAACAGCUCCAGUGAACAUGUAUGGAAAAUCUAAAGUGGCAGCCGAGGAGUUUAUUUCAGAACAUUGGUCUAACUUUGCCAUUUUGCGUAGUAGUAUAAUCUAUGGACCACAAACAUUGUCUCCUGUCUCAAAGUCCCUCCCUAUACAGUGGAUCGACAGCAUUCUUUCACGCAGUGAAGAAAUAGAGUUCUUCCAUGAUGAGUUUCGGUGCCCAGUUUAUGUCAAAGAUGUCGUUAAUGUUAUAUUAGCAUUGACCAAAAAGUGGAUUUCAGGUAUGUCUCCACACACUUGAGCUAAUAGGCGUUAAAUCCUUGAAUAAAAAGGUCAAUCUCAAUAAAAAAUAAAUACAUGCACCAACCUGACAAGCUGCUGCCCUAGAGGCAAGAUUUACAUCUUUGGCGCUGAGAUAGUUUACAACUACUUUUGGUUCACAUCUUCUAUCAUUUCUAUUUCCAGUAUCCUCUCAACUGAUUUUCUUAACAAUGGGAUUUGGAAGAAAUUGUAUCAGGAUAUUCUUGUACAUUUUCCAUCAUUUUGGAUUAGAAUAACAGGGAAAAAUAAUAAAAUAUUGAAGGUAAAGGUU